AUGUCCCGGAAAGCUCUGAAAGUUGUGGUUGAGCUGAAGUUCAGAGCGGUGUCCUGUCCUGGAGUCCACCUGUCUGAUAAAGAUGAUAUCUACCUCAGUAUGUGUUUCAUGGGACAGUACCGUCAGUCUGAGAGUCUCCCUGCUGUCUUCCCUUUGCUGUUUCAUGAGAAGAUGACGUUUGAAAAGAUUUUCAGACAUGCCGUUGACCCAGGAGACAUCGCAGUAAUGCUUGAGUAUGAGACGAUCAGAAUUGAUCUGGUGCAGCUGAUUCCUCCAGGAGGCGACACUCUGGCCUGCUUUGAAGAAGAUGCUCGACGUUUCUUGUUCCCAGAACCCAAACUGGUUCCUUCUUUCUCUGGAGUGGAUCGAGAGGUUCUGAUGACUCGAGCCCCUCACUUUCCUGGAAUUGCUCCCAGGUUGGAGUUUUCCACUAAGACAACCAUCAUCGAGUGUUCAGCUGAUGAAAAUGUCAACUUUUACCCCAACGUCCUCCUGAGACCGGUGAUGAAGAGGAGCAGGAAGCCCUCCAGCAGACCGCGGACGUCCUCUCCUCAGAGGAGACGAGGCAUCAGGAUGAACAGAGAGAGACUCAGCAGAACCAGAUCACCGUCACAUGUCUCCAGAUCUCAGUCCAUGUCCCCUGUGAGAGCAGGAAACAGCCAGGGUCUGACCCGGCUCAGCCUGGACUCUGCAGCUCCCAGAGGCCCAGACCACUGGGACUCAACUCAGCCUCUGGUAUCUUCGUGGCCUGGAGUCGGUCGGUCUGCCUCACCCAGACGCUCUGCUUCGUUCACCAGCUCCUCUUCACCUUUGAACAGGUCUUCAUCAGCAGUGAAAUAUUCCCCAACUCGGAGAAGAUUAUCUACAUCAAACAGUUUGGUUGGAGGAACUUCAGAAGACGAGUCUAGCUCUUCAGAGACACGAGAUCCCUCAGGACUGAGGAAAUCUUACAGAGAACAGGCCAGGAACAGCAGUUCUCACAGAGAAUGGGAAGAGGUCCAAGAGCGAGUUCGAGGACUCCUUACGACACCAAAAGCUGUACAGCGACUGGUCUUUGGGGCGACACACUCUGAGGUAGACAAGGUUUUAUCACGGACGUCCGUCUCUCCAGGUCCACCAUGAAGACUCAGCCAGGCUCUGAAGCUAAAGACGUCCUUUCUUGCCAACACAGCGUUUAAAAGUUUUUCCUGGUUUGUAUUUAACUGCAGUGGUUUGAUGAUGUCCCUG